AGGUAGUACUGGUAGUAGUGAUUGUAAAUGACAGUGUUGAGUGUGCUGAAAGGAUAAUAUAAAAAACUAGGUGUUAACAAUGGAUUUAGUAUACAGAGUACCAUUUUUGGUUCUUGAAGUGCCAAAUUUAAAAUUAAAAAAACCCUCAUGGUUUGUUAAACCUAGUGCAAUGGUUGUUUUUUCAAUCAUUCUUUUAUCUUAUUUUAUGGUCACUGGAGGUAUUAUUUAUGAUGUAAUUGUGGAACCACCUAGUGUUGGAUCAACGACUGAUGAACAUGGUCAUACAAGGCCUGUAGCAUUCAUGCCAUAUCGCGUCAACGGUCAAUAUAUUAUGGAAGGUUUAGCCUCGAGUUUUUUGUUUACUCUUGGAGGACUUGGUUUCAUAAUACUUGAUCAGACACACUCACCUUCAACUCCAAAAUUGAAUAGAAUUCUUCUGAUGAGUGUUGGUUUUAUUUGCAUCAUUGUAUCUUUUAUCACUUGUUGGAUUUUUAUGCGUAUGAAGCUUCCUGGAUACUUCUAGUGGUAAAUCCCAAGACCGUGGAUUGUCUUGAAGCAUUCUACAAUCGAUCAUACUUCCAUUGGUAAGCUUUUAUAAUUAUUCAUUGAAAUGAAUGAUUAAAAAACAGUGACUAUGAAAAAUAAAGGAAAUUUUUUUUCUUAGUUAUCCAUUACAUAUUUUUUUUGUCUAAAACUUACACUCUAUUGAAAUAAAUUAUAAGAUAUUUGAUUUUUAUACUGAAAAAAUUUCUUGCUCUACGAUUAAUUAAUUUGUAUAUAAAUAUCUAUAUAUAUUAUUACCAAUAUCACGAAUGGUUAUUGAAUGUGUUAUAAUGUAGUAGUAAGAUUAAGGGUAUGUAAAUAUUGUUUGAGUCGAAUAGUUUUAAAAAGAAUAUAGGGUUUUGUGAAGUACCUA